AGAGCAGAUAAAAGUGUAAAGAAGGUCUGCAGGAUUUUCUGAGACUAUUAUGGGUAAAUGAGCAAUUGCGUAUCAAUAUGAAACAUGGCUCCCACCGAAUGGAAUUCAGGAAUGGUGGGCUGCAGCUUUUGGACCCUGGAUUCCAGCAACAGCUUGAAGAUUCACGGGAACAUCUCAAACGGGAGAUCCAAAGAGAACUGAAGAUCAAGGAAGGGGCGGAAAACUUACGUAAGGUGUCCACAGAUAAGAAGCACCAGAGCCAUGUGGAAAGCCAGCUAAGGACGUCUAAUCGCCGGCUCCAGGAGUUGCACUUGCAGUUGCAGGAACUCAAUGGGAGGAUUGUUAAGCUUGAGAAGGACAAUGAAAAAGAUAGCACUAUUUCUCCCGACCCCUGCAUGUGGGAUCAAAGCUUGGACCCUCGGAAACGGAGAGUGGAGGCCCUCAGAAAGCAGUUGCACAUUGAGGGCAAGGUCAAGCAAGGGGCAGAAAACAUCAUUCAGAUGUUUUCCAAUGGUACAUACAAGGACCGUAAGCUCCUAUCUACAGCCCAGCAGAUGCUCCAGGACAGCCGGAUAAAAACUGAACUACUUCGCAUGCAGAUUGUGAAACUGACGCAAAUUCCAGGAUCAGCGUCUGAAACACAGGACCAAGCUGAGACACUUUCCCCUCAAGAAGUUCGAGUGGAGGAGCUAAAGCACCACUUGCAUGUCGAAGUAGCGGUGGCAGAAGGUGCCAAAAAUGUAGUCAAGCUUCUUGGUAGUCACAGAGUGCAGGAGCGUAAAGCCCUGGCUGAGGCCCAAUCUCGGUUGCAUGAGUCAUGCCAGAAAAUCGAUCUCUUGCGGCUGUCUUUAGAGCGUUGCCUUUGUGAAUUUCCUGCAGGGCACCCAAAACAGCAGCUCAUCAAAGAGGUCCUGCAGAACUGCCCAUCUACAGGUGGAGGAGUCCGGGGAAAAGAGGAAGAGCUGAGGCAUCACCGAACAUCGUUACUCAAACCCACGGCGCUAACAGGAAAGCUGGAGAUCCAUCUCUUGGGGAGUCAAGGACUUCUUGAAUCUGUCCCUGGACGUUCUCGGGCAACUCCUAUUCAAGGAAGCCCUAAUGAAUCCAAAAACUUUAUCCGAUAUCGAGCAGGAGGCAGCGUCUAUGGCCGUGGAGGAUCGUCUCGCUACUUGCGGUCUGAUGAGCUAUGUGGAGAAGUCAUGUGUGUUCUGAAAGUAGACAAUAAACGUGUUGCACAGACAAGCUGGGGACUUGUACACAACCAGUGCUGGAACCAAAGCUUCACUAUUGAGCUUGAGAGGUCACGGGAGUUGGAAAUUGCAGUGCACUGGCGGGAUUGGCGAGAGCUUUGUGCUGUACGUUUUCUGCGUCUGGAGGAUUUCCUGGACAACGAGCGGCAUGGGAUGUGUUUGCAGCUGGAACCUCAGGGAAUGCUAUUUGCGGAGAUCAUGUUCUGUAACCCUGUGAUUGAGAGGAGAGGCAAAGUACAGAGACAGAAGCGAAUAUUCCCUAAACAGAAAGGGAAGGAUUUUCUCCGGGCGACACAAAUGAACAUUAAUUUUGCCACGUGGGGACGUCUGAUGAUGAGUAUUCUACCUCCGUGCAGCUCUAUGACCACAUUAAGCCCGCCUCUUCCUGUGCAAACCUCCGUUAACCCUUCGCUAUGCCCCGCCAUUACCGGUGACUUCCCUGCAAAGAAAUUGGUAUUUGAGGAAGAAUCGUCUCCGAAACCACCUCCUAAACCUCCUCGUUUGCACCUGCCGGCUGAAUGCACAGAGAUCGCGGCUCCUCUAGACCCUCCGGUCGGGCUGCCAGGGAAGAGUGUGAAAAGGAGCCACGCAGAGGACGCUAUGGGGACCCAUAUACCCCACAGAAAAAGGACUCUGCAUCUUGAAGAUUUUAAUUGUAUAUCUGUGCUGGGACGUGGGCACUUUGGCAAGGUGCUUCUGGUUGAAUUGAAGGACACUGGGAAAUUGUACGCAAUAAAAGCUUUAAAGAAACGCGAUAUUGUGAGCAGGGAUGAGUUUGAAAGUCUGCAGUGUGAAAAGCGGAUAUUCGAGGUGGUGAACUCUUCCGGUCACCCUUUCUUGGUAAACAUGUUUGCGUGUUUCCAGACAGCAGCACAUGUGUGUUUUGUGAUGGAAUAUAUGCCUGGCGGGGACCUAAUGAUGCAUAUACACAGUAAUGUGUUCUCUCAGCCAGCGGCAAGGUUUUAUUCUGCCUGUGUGGUUCUCGGUCUGCAGUUCCUACAUGAGAAGAAAAUCAUAUACAGAGACCUAAAGCUGGAUAAUUUACUUAUGGACGGCAGCGGCUUUGUGAAGAUUGCAGACUUCGGGCUGUGCAAGGAAGGGAUGGGAUUUGGUGAGCGGACAAGCACAUUCUGUGGCACACCUGAGUUCCUGGCUCCCGAGGUCCUUACAGACACCUCGUACACAAACGCAGUAGACUGGUGGGGUCUUGGUGUGCUCAUCUAUGAGAUGCUGGUUGGUGAGUGCCCGUUUCCUGGGGAUGAUGAAGAAGAAGUGUUUGACAGUAUCGUCAAUGAAGAAGUGCGAUACCCACGAUUUUUAUCUAAUGAAUCGAUCAACAUCAUAAGGAAGCUUCUACGGAAAAAUCCUGAACGCAGGUUAGGGGCAGGGGCCGGUGAUGCAGAGGAGAUAAAAACACAGCCUUUCUACCAGGAUCUAGACUGGGACGCACUUUUUGCCCGUCAGGUAAAGCCGCCCUUUGUCCCGUUACUAAACAAUCCUUAUGACGUGAAGAAUUUUGAUGAAGAAUUCACAGCGCAGAAGCCAGUGCUCUCUCCGUCCGAUGAUCCCAGACCAGUGACUGCUAUUGAUCAAAUUCUUUUCCAAGACUUUGAUUUUGUGUCUGAUCUGCUCGCCGGCUGAAGUCUGUGAGACAAACUCACGGGGCCACAAGCGACCAGUUAGUUUGGAUUACAGAUUUCAUUAUAACAGAGAUUUUUACAAAUCAAAAUGAAGGUGUGUGGCAAAGUGACAUGAUUUAGUAUCUCAGGCUCUGUCACUUUAACAACCUACCUCUAUAUUGUGCAAUGUAGGUAGCAGGAUGACGACUGUAAUACCCCCUAUCUGCCCCAUAUAUAAGAACUAUAUGUGGUGUAGGAAUCUUACAAAUAGUAUAGAAUAGUAUGCACAAUGACAAGUGGCAUUAGGUUCCUUUCCUGUACACUUCUUGGGUUAAUAAUGAAUACAACUGCCAGUUACUUCCUUGUACAUCACAUUGUUUGUUAGAUUCUUGUUCCUUUUCUUAGGAUUGUUUGGAUUUCUGUAUAAAGCUUCAAAGUUCAGUUGCAAUCCCAAAAAUAAGUCAGGCAUGGACAAUGUUUAUUUAUCCCUUAGUGUUGUGAGGCAUCUACUAUCACUUGUAUAGGAUUCAGUACAAAUUGGUGCUUUAACCCUUUCGCAGCCUGUACCUCGGCUACCCAUAGUGCUUCCAGGGCUGUAGGAGCACAGCGGCGAGACUGCGGUAUUUCUGCCUGCCUCGCGCUGUCUGAGACCUGCAGCCGACAAAGGGGUUAAACAUACUUAGAAAUUAGACUCGUUUAAUGGGACAGAGUAGUUACUACUCACUGUGAUAUUGUUUGUCAUUUUAACCCUUUACAGUGGGGCCCGCUGGUGAAGCGGCUUGGAGCUCGCGUAUCCUUGCACCCUGUGACAGGAGGAGGCCGUAUGCAGCGUUUCACAGCUGUAUUGUGCACUAGAGCCAACAGCAUCACUAAUCUGUGCAUGUGCACCACUCCCGUCACAAGACUAUCUAAGCCCCAGUAUAAAGAGGCGGAGCUUCACCGUCUGGCACCUGUAAAGGGUUAAAUGAACAGAGCGGCAGGAGGAAAAAUAAUAGUAUGGUGAGUAGCGAUCAAACCUUUGUUUAAUGUUAAAGGGACAUUCCAGUCAAAAAAGAAAUUCACAGGGAUGCAUUUGAGUUUUGAACAGAAGCAUUUUUUUAUAAUAUACAUUUAUUAGCAGAAAUGCUUCUGACAAAAGCUAUGGCUGUUUCAAAAGUGUAUUUAAGUAUGCACCGUGCACCAGCAUUUUAAACACGACACUUGCUCAUAGAACCUAAGGUGAUUGUACCAUCUGGUAAUGACUCAGUUUGUUAAUUGCUGACAUGAUACAAGCCCCACUUGUGCUCUGAGCAGCUGCAGUAUUUAACAUUCUGGUACACUGAGAAUAUCUAGAUAUGCUUCACAUGCACGUGCAGAGAAAAAUGCUAACACUAAAACAGUGAUAACUUUUACUAGAAGAAUUUUUGCCGAUACUGUAUAUUGCAAAUAUGUUUCUAUUCAAAGAUUUAAUUCAUCUAUGUGCAUUUAAAUUUUCACCGGAAUGUCCCUUUAAGAUGAUGAAACUGGUUUAAAUUGUGCAGAUGUCAUUGAGUAAAAUAAAAAUCUUCUCAUGUUGAUCCGGGAUUAAUAACCCUGUAAUGACGAGGAAGUCUGUACAACUGCCGCUUGAGAGCGUCUAUCUCUCUAUUGGUUUAUUUUAGUAACAGAGUGAGGGUCAGAUGGUUAUUUGCUCCUUGGUCGUCCAUCUGCCGUUGUUUCAUUACAGCUUAUUACCAAAAAAGAAAUGCUCUAAACUUUUCUAGUCAAUUUAAAAUACUAAUGUGUAUAAGAGUAAUAUAUGUAUGUAUUUAUGUAUGGCUGUUGCACCAAAGAUUCUUUCUGCUAAUUGUGCACAAUAAACAGUCUAUUUAUUAAUGUCCCACUGCUGGAAGAGGUUUCCUUUAAAAUAAGUUGAAUAUUUUCGUGUUAAUGUUAUGUCAUGUUCCAUAAAUGGCUCACGUUAUGUACCUCAAAAAUUAAAUAAAUCUGCUUGUCUCGUUAGUAAA